GCACUCUACCUCGCCGCCGGGCCUUCUCGCAACCACCACCUCUCCAGUCUCUCGGCAGCGCACGCACCUCUCUCACACGCUUGCUGGCACAACAGCACCGCGCACCCCUCUCUCUCUCUCUCUCACCAUGAAGCUCGCCGGCGCCUCCGCCUCGGCGCUGCUUGUCGUCGCGGCCGCCAGUGCGGUCAGCGGCGCCUCGACCCAGCGGCGCGCGCCAUCGUUCAGCUCGCAGGACUCGCCGCUCGCCGGCAUGCUGCGCCGCAGCGUCACGGGCAACGGCAACACGCUCAGCGGCCAGACGUUCGACUACGUCGUCGUCGGCGGCGGCCUCGCCGGCCUCGUCGUCGCGAACCGCCUCUCGGCGGAUUCGAACUUCACCGUCGCAGUCAUCGAGGCGGGCGCCGAUGCGUACGGCGCGGGCCAGGAGCGCAUCCUCGUGCCCGCGGGCAACCUGUACAACUCGGCGCUGCGCUCGGCGCAGGACUGGAACUGGCAGACCGAGGGCCAGGCGGAGAUGGGCGGGCGCCAGCUGGCGUGGCCGCGCGGCAAGGUGCUCGGCGGCAGCAGUGCCGUCAACGGCCUCUACAUGGUGCGCGCCAGUGCGGCGGAGCACAACUCCUGGGGCGCCCUGGCUGGCGACAGCGAUCGCUGGGGGUGGGACAACGUCUACAGAGCCAUGAAGAAGAGCGAGCACUUCGUGCCGCCGAGCGCCUCGGUGCAGGAGGUGCUGCCCGACCUCAGCUACAAUGCCGCCUCGCACGGCCAAGACGGGUCCAUCUACACGUCGUGGCCCGGCGUCGCAUACUCGAGCACAAACGACUUCCUGCAGAGCAUGGCCGCGACGGGCACAGCGAUCUCCAGCGAUAGCUACGGCGGCGAGAACUGGGGCGCCUUUGUGGCCCAGAGCUCCAUCAACCCCAACGACUGGAGCCGCUCCUUCUCGCGUAACGGCUACCUCGACACGGCGCAGGACCGGCCCAACCUCUCGGUGCUCACGGGCCACACCGUGACAAAGGUCCUGACCGACGCCUCGGACGCCAACGCAGUCCGAGCGACCGGUGUGCAGUACGCCGCGGCCUCGGGCCAGACGGUGCACACGGUGAACGCACGCCGCGAGGUCAUCAUCAGCGGCGGCGCCAUCAACUCGCCGCAGAUCCUGCAGCUCAGUGGCAUCGGAGACGCGCAGCAGCUGCAGAGGAUCGGCAUUGACUCGAUCAUCGAUCUGCCCGGUGUGGGCCACAACCUGCAAGAUCAUCUGGCCUCGUCGGUCUCCUGGGCUGCCGGCUCUGGCUCGUACCCUGUGACGGGCCCGGACGCGAGCGCCAUUCAGAACUCGUUCGUCAACUCGGCCAUUGGCUACGUCAACAUGACGACACUUUUCGGCUCGAGCGCCGCCGAUCUGGUCAACGACGCGCGCUCCGAGGUGGCGCAGCGCAUCAGCGCCGCCAACAUGCGCGACGAGGUCAAGCGCGCGUGGAACGCGACGAUGACGGCGCAGCUCGACAAAGUCUUGGAUCCAGCCGCGAAUGGCAGCCCUCUGGAGUUGCUCUUCGCAUACGUAUUCGGCAGCAUACAGAUUCAGCUGGCUAGUCAGACGCCUCUCUCGCGCGGCACCGUUUUAGCCACAAGUGCCGACCCCUUCCAGGCGCCGGCUAUCGACCCGCAGUACCUCAGCGCCGCCAUCGACCUCGCGAUCAUGCGCGAGGGCUUCAAGCUGGCACGGCGCGUUGGCGAGACGCAGCCGCUGGCUGCUGCACUGGGCAACGAGCAGUCGCCGGGCAGCGGCGUGCAGACGGACCGCCAGUUCGAAGCGUUCAUCCGCAACCAGGCGCAGACGGAGUACCACCCGAGCUCGACGUGCUCGCAGUUGCCGCGCGCCGACGGCGGCGUCGUCGAUGCCAACCUGCUCGUGUACGGCACGAGCAACCUGCGCGUCGUCGAUGCCAGCAUCGUGCCGAUCGCCCUCAGCGCGCAUCUGAUGACGGCAACGUACGGACUCGCCGAGGUGGGCGCAGAACUCAUCAUCGAGGCGCGCACGCCGCCGCCGUCGUCGACGACGAGCUCGGCCGGCUCGGAGCCGACGGGCAGCAGCACCGGCGGCGGCAGCUCGGCAGGCAACAACAACGGCGGCUCGACGUCGUCUGGCGGCCAGAGCUCGGGCGCGCCGACGCUCUCGGUGCGCUCGGCGGCGCUCUUCGUCUGCGGCGCCGCCGUGGCCUCGCUGCUGCUCUAAGCGCCCCGCCGUGGCCUCGCUGCUGCUCUAAGCACGCCCGCCUCUCCUGCCUCUGCUCCCGCUCCGCACACACAUGCCUAGACGCCGUCGUCCCCUCAUUGCACUUGCUACACGCACACUCACUCACCCACAUCCACUCAUUCUCUGUCGCGGCAUUCGUCUUCUCUCUCACCCUCUGCAUCAUACUUCCUCUGCCCGUGCGCUCUUCGCCGCCUUCCUCACCCAGCAUUCACAUUCGAGGGUCUCCCCUCGCGUACAUACAUACACACCCCACCUGCACUCUCACACAGCUCGCUGCCGGCUGCACACCUGGUC